AUCUAUUCAUUCGUUUCUUCUUUUCCUGGUUUUGAACUUUUUCCGUUCCUCCUUUAUCGCGGCGGCGGUACCAGCGGUACACGUGUACAGUGUUUACAAUGUUUUGCACCUUGGUGUUGCCUUUAGUUAUUCUUUUAUUAGCGCCGCAAUUCUAUGCUGCAUCAAACGACCAGCUGCUAGAUAGCUUUAACGCUGCAGUCACACAGUCGAAGCGACUACUAGUUAUUUUCACGCAGGAAUGCUGCGCUUGUACGGAAUGCGUCGAAGCCGAAGAGAUACUGAAGGCAAAGGCGGCUGACCUGGAAGACGACUUCGGAGUGACCACGUUCAAAGUGACCGCAAGACGGGACAUCGAGGGUCGUUACGGAGUAACAGCGCGUCCUAGCAUCAUCUUUUUCCGUGACGGCAUACCCGCACUGUACGAGGGCCAGUACCACCCAGACUCCAUUAUUGAUUGGGUGGCUCAGACUCUGGAGCCAGCCACAAAAGCUCUUAAUGAUGAUACUUUCGAACAUCUGACACAAGCUGCUACUGGAGCAACCACUGGAAACUGGCUAGUCGUGUUCUACAAGGAUACUUGCGUGAAAGACGAAGCAGCGACAUCUCUGCUUGAAGGUUUGUCGUCUAAGAUUAAGGGAACAACAAAUGUGGCCAAAGUUGACAUGGAAACGUGUCCGGGCCUGGUGGAAAGGUUCAAGAUAAAAGACUGUCCAACCAUCUACUUCUUCCGUCUUGGCAAGAUGUACAGGUAUGAACCAAAGAAACUCGAUGUCAAGUCGUUGAAGCAUUUUGCGGAACAUCUUUACAAGAACAUGAAGGCCCAUCCAGUCCCAGUACCUCAAACACCAUUCGACAGGAUGAUAGAGCAUAUUGCUGCAUUCCUCAAGGAACACAGGAGAGCUGUUUUGCUGGGAUUCACGGCAGCAUUUUCUGUUGCUUACACUUUGUUCAAAGUCUUUACCCUCAAGAAUAGGGCGAAGACCGUUAAAAAAGAAUGAGUACAGAAGCAGAAGCCAUGUCAAAUAUUUUUGUACAUCAAAGUUUCAAAUAAAGCUGGUAUUUUGUUCCAGGUUCUCA